CUCUAUAAUGACAUGGAGGGGUUCCUCUAACAGCUAAGCAGGGGGAGCAGAGCAUCAUCAAAAAGGAUUCUCAUCAUCAGGACUGAUGCAGGCACCUGAAGGGGGUUUCCCCUGAUUCUACCAUCUGUAUUAUUACCCCACUCUUGUUUGAGGGUUGUUUCCCCGCCGCCAAGAUGAUGGAGAUACAAAUUGACGAUGGGGUGGUGUACCAAGAUGACUAUUGCUCUGGGUCAGUUAUGUCGGAGCGGGUGUCUGGACUGGCUAACAGCAUCUACCGUGAGUUUGAGCGUCUGAUACGAUGUUACGACGAGGAGGUGGUAAAGGAACUCAUGCCAUUGGUGGUCAAUGUUCUGGAAAAUCUUGAUGCAGUCUUGACAGAGAACCAGGAGCAUGAAGUGGAGCUCGAGCUUCUGAAGGAGGACAACGAGCAGUUGCUGACCCAGUACGAGCGGGAAAAAGCCCUUCGGAAACAAGCAGAGGAGAAAUUCAUUGAGUUUGAAGAUGCUCUGGAGCAAGACAAAAAGGAUCUUCAGAACCAAGUGGAAAGCCUCGAAUUUCAGUCCCGGCAACUGGAGCUAAAGACCAAAAACUAUGCUGACCAAAUUUCGAGGUUAGAAGAACGUGAGUCAGAUAUGAAGAAGGAAUAUAACGCUUUGCAUCAGCGACAUACUGAGAUGAUCCAAACGUAUGUGGAACAUAUUGAAAGGUCCAAACUUCAGCAGGUGGCAGGAAACAGCCAAUCAGAUGUUGGCGUCACUGGCAGAAGCCGGAAGGAACGCCCGACCUCGCUAAACGUCUUUCCACUGGCUGACGGAAUGGUACGUGGGCAGAUGGGUGGAAAAAUCACCCCAAGCUCGGACCACUGGCACCUGAGUGACCUCAGCCAGCUAAAGUCCAGCUUCAGCUACAAGCAGGAUGAGAUGUCAGAGUCUGGUCAGUCCUCGGUGGCAGCCACCCCAAGCACGACUGGAACCAAAUCUAACACCCCCACCUCAUCCGUCCCAUCAGCGGCUGUCACCCCACUGCACGAAAGCCUACAGCCCCACCAGGACUAUGGAAUGACCGGUAAGACCAAGAGGUCGAGGGACAAAAGGAACAGCCAUAACAUGGAGGUCCAGGUGAAUCAAGAGAUGAGGAAUGUCAGCAUAGGAAUGGGAAGCAGUGAUGAGUGGUCCGAUGUCCAAGAAAUUGUCGAUUCCACCCCAGAGUUAGACAUGUGUCCAGAUUCCCGUUUGGAACGCACAGGAAACAGUCCAACUCAAGGGAUCGUGAACAAAGCUUUUGGGAUCAACACAGAUUCUUUGUAUCACGAGUUGGCCACAGCUGGGUCAGCGGUAAUCGGUGAUGUUGACGAAGGGGCAGAUCUUCUUGUGCGGGAUGAUUUCUUUGGAAUGGGAAAAGAGGUGGGCAAUCUACUGUUGGAGAACUCCCAGUUACUGGAGACCAAGAAUGCUUUGAAUGUGGUUAAGAAUGAUUUAAUAGCAAAGGUGGACCAGCUCAAUGGGGAGCAUGAUGUACUAAAGGGGGAGCUGGAAGCGACAAAACAGGCCAAGUUGAAAAUUGAGACCCGCGUUAAAGAGCUGGAGGAAGAACUUAAACGGGUAAAAUCAGAAGCUAUUGUGGCCCUACAAGAACCCAAAGAGGAGGUAGAAGAGAGCUCCUCACCUCUGCAGGAUAACAUCCCCAUAGCGCAGCGUAGAAGGUUCACCCGAGUGGAGAUGGCUCGUGUUCUGAUGGAAAGAAACCAGUAUAAGGAAAGACUCAUGGAGCUACAGGAGGCUGUUCGAUGGACGGAAAUGAUCAGAGCCUCCCGGGAACACCCGUCUGUCCAAGAGAAGAAGAAGUCAACCAUUUGGCAAUUUUUCAGCAGACUGUUCAGUUCCUCAUCCAGCCCACCUCCUGCUAAGAGGUCUUACCCCUCGGUCAACAUCCACUACAAGUCUCCCACUCCUGCAGGAUUCAGCCAGCGCCGCAGUCACACAAUGUGCCAGAUCUCCUCUGGGGGCCGCACCAUCGAGUUCUUCCCUGACGAUGACUGCACGUCUACUGCUCGACGGGAACAAAAACGUGAGCAGUACCGCCAAGUGCGGGAGCAUGUGCGCAAUGAUGAUGGGCGCCUCCAAGCCUGUGGCUGGAGCCUCCCUGCUAAAUACAAGCAGCUAAGUCCAAAUGGAGGUCAAGAGGACAACCGUAUGAAGAAUGUGCCCGUCCCGGUAUAUUGCAGGCCCCUGGUAGAGAAGGAUCCCACCAUGAAGCUGUGGUGUGCUGCUGGAGUAGACUUGGCAGGCUGGAAGCCAUCUGAGGAAGAAUGCUUGAACGGAACCAAACCAAUAUCAGGACGCGAUCCUUUGACUUGUGAUCGAGAAGUGGAAGGAGAAAGCAAGAGCACGCACACAUCCCCAGAGAAGAAAAAGAGUAAAGAGUUGCAUGAAUUUGAUGCCACUUCCAGCCGUGUGUGGAUCCUCACCAGCACCCUGUCUACCAGCAAGGUGGUGAUCAUCGAUGCCAACCAGCCUGGCACCUUGGUGGACCAGUUUACUGUCUGCAACGCACACGUCCUGUGCAUCUCCAGUAUUCCUGCUGCCAGCGAUGGUGAUUAUCCACCUGGUGAGAUAUUCCUGGAGGGGGAUGUGAAUCCGGAAGACACUGGGGAUACCGAUGGAGUUUUAGCAGGAAUUACCCUCGUGGGAUGUGCCACAAGAUGCAAUGUACCACGGAGCAACUGCUCAUCCCGAGGAGAUACACCUAUUUUGGACAAGGGACAAGGAGAAGUUUCUACAGUCAGCAACGGUAAACUGAACCAACACCAGUCUGCAGAGGAAGCCACAGAAGCACUCGAGGUUCCAGAAUCUUCAGCCAAUGAAGCAGAGCCUGCCCAGGUGCGGCCUGGGCUCCUGACCGAACAUGUCUUCACAGACCCAGCUCCUUUGGCCAAUGGCCGUCUAUGCAGUGAAAAUGGCCUUUUGAAAGCAGAGGUGACAACAACGCAACAGGAAAGUGAGCAAAACGCCGAGAACGUCUCAGGAACCAGUGCUGCCCCCACAAUGUGGCUAGGAGCCCAGAACGGCUGGCUGUAUGUACACUCUGCGGUUUCCAACUGGAAAAAGUGCCUGCAUUCCAUUAAACUAAAAGAUUCCGUGCUAAGUCUUGUACAUGUAAAAGGACGGGUUCUCGUGGCUCUUGCGGAUGGAACCCUUGCUAUAUUCCAUCGGGGAGAAGACCGACAGUGGGAUCUCAGUAACUACCAUCUGAUGGAUUUAGGACACACGCAUCACUCCAUCCGUUGCAUGGCUGUAGUGUAUGAUCGAGUCUGGUGUGGGUACAAGAACAAAAUACAUGUGAUUCAGCCCAAAACCAUGCAAAUAGAGAAAUCAUUCGAUGCUCACCCUCGCAGAGAGAGCCAGGUACGGCAGCUGGCAUGGAUCGGAGAUGGUGUAUGGGUAUCCAUACGGCUUGACUCAACAUUACGGCUGUACCACGCACACACUCAUCAGCACCUUCAGGAUGUAGAUAUUGAACCUUAUGUUAGCAAAAUGUUAGGCACGGGCAAGCUGGGUUUCUCGUUUGUCCGUAUUACGGCACUUCUGAUUGCUGGCAAUCGCCUCUGGGUGGGGACGGGCAAUGGAGUCGUCAUCUCGAUCCCACUUACAGAAACGGUAGUCCUACACCGGGGCCAGCUGCUGGGCCUGAGGGCCAACAAAACGUCUCCCACGUCUGGGGAAGGUUCGAGACCAGGAGGUGUCAUUCACGUGUAUAGUGACGACAACAGCGAUAAAUCUGCCGGUAGUUUCAUUCCUUACUGCUCGAUGGCACAGGCCCAGCUGUGUUUCCAUGGACACCGGGAUGCCGUCAAGUUCUUUGUAUCUGUACCAGGAAAUGUUCUUGCAACAUUGAAUGGCAGCGUUCUAGACAGCCCAUCUGAAAACCCAGGUACCCCAUCCGCAGAGACCGAAGUACAACAACAACUCAAGAAUGUCCUGGUAUUAAGUGGAGGAGAGGGAUAUAUUGAUUUCCGCAUUGGUGAUGGAGAAGAUGACGAAACAGAAGAACAUCCAACUGAUGAUGAGAACCAAACCAAACCCAUGCUCUCUAAAGCAGAAAGAAGCCACAUUAUUGUAUGGCAGGUGUCGUACGUUCCAGAAUGAGACCAGCCUUCCUCUUAUCCCUCGACCCAGAAUGCCAUAACGCCUCCUGCAUCCCUCCUUCUGCUGGAAAAACCAAAUUCAGACUUUGACCCCAAUCGGUGUAGGUUCAUGGCUCACACUGAUCAAUUUUCUCCCUGUUACAGUCUGCCUUUAUUGCAUCUCCCUAAGCUUUGAAGCUCGGUAAACCCACAAUAAUGAGAAGAUCCAGAGAAUCUGUUACAUUAAGAAGACUCUUGUGAUUAUCUGUGUCAGAGGACCCACCAAAACUUGAGCAAUCGAACACCUUCAGUGCAAUUGGAUGUGACAAUCUGAAAGGUUUUGGAAAGUUAUAUUGGUGUAAUCUUUGCUUCCUUUCACAAAAGUAUACCAUACAGUGGUCAAUGGUGGACCCCUCUAUUUUGCCAUUGGCCUUAGCCUUCGGUUCAUUGGAAGGAGUUAUGAUGUUUUGAAGGAUAUAAUGUUAUCUUACGUUGCCUUAUUUAACAAUAAUCGUUAAGGCUCAUCCUUUGAACGUACCAAGUCAGCAUCAACCAUAAAGCAAUUGUCAUGUUCCCUUGAGUUAUAAUGAUUAAAAAAAUGUAAAGUAAAAUUUACUCCUAUGUCGGGGAACCAGAUAACAUCUUCUACAGGGGAUAUUUGUGUAAAAUAUACUCUGUGGGUCCGCUUUGUAAAUCAUUGCUGACCUGCAAGAUGUUUACUUGUGUUCCUACUUAAAUUAAGAAUACUUAUAAGGAACAUCUGAUCACAUCAUAACUAGGUGCAUGAUAUUAACC